GGAGGUUUUUUUCUUUUUUUCCCUUUGUGUGUGUGUGCUUGUGUGCGUUUGUGUGUCCUCGUUUGGGCGUGCGCGCGCAGCCAGUGCCGUGCGCUGGAGGCUUAUGGUAAUUGCGGUCUCCCGACUGGCCUUCUGGGUAGAGUCUGCGCGAGUGGGAGUGGAGUGAGUCGCUCAGUCUCGGCGGCGUUCAUCCAUUCCGCGCGGCACUCCCCGUACAGCUCCGUGCGUCCUCGGCGCCAACCGAGCUGGGCUCCGACCGGACGGGACGAAAACAAAAGCGGGACCGAGCCGCGAAGCCCGCGGAGUAACCUUGAGCAGAGCCCUGCGUCGACGCGCGGAUUCCCCUCCGUCGGGGGAGAGCAUGGAGUGACGGAGAGCGGGAGGAAGGGGCUUUUUCCGAGGACGGCGUGCUCCGCUGAAACCCAACAUGGCGCUGCUGCGAGGUACAGCCGAGCUGAAUUAAUUUCUCCGCCGACUUCCCCACCUGUGCGGUCCUUUGUGGGUCCGGGCUCGCGUUGCGCACCGACUUCCAGGACCUCUACCGGCUGGAUUUCUGCCUUUUCGGGAUCUUUUUUUCUGCUUAUUUCAUGGAAGUGACACUUUGAGCUCCGAAAACUUCCAAUUUUGACAGAUGAAAGUCGACCAGCUCCAGUGUGAGAUUCAUUUCAAGGGGAUAACCUGUUAGACACUUUUACUUUUUUUCCCUUCUCCACCUCCACCCUUCUGCUUUUUGGUCGUCUGUCUCCAUCAGACAGGACUGUAACCGGGCCAGUCUGCGCACGCACACACGGACGGACCGCUGUCCUCCUUAAUAACUUACGCGGGAGGGAAUGACCACGAGUGGAGCUUGCAGCGGUUAACCAGGGCAACAUCUGUUCGUGAUGUCGAUGCUGAGGCACAAACUAACCUGGAACUAAGACAAGGAGCCCACAUCACAAAAAACAUGGUGGAUGCCAGGUUGACGCCCCUGGCCGCGAUGGGGUUGGACCGAAGCACGCUGCUGCAUGACAGCCUUCGUCUUCACAGUGGGGUUGUGUACCCAAGCAUCAGGGCGCUGCCAACAGAGAAGAGUUUAGAAACGGCUGCGCUUCCACUGACAUACAACAGGGAUGGUCUUCCGGAACUCAUUUACAAGCCUGAUGGCUCUUUGGACAGUUGCAAGGCUGCAAAUGGAUACCUGGGUCUCUACAAGGGGACCCAUCCAAGUCUUCACAAACCUGUUCUGGUUCCUAGACCUGGAGCUGAAGGUCUAGGCUUGGAACGCAGAGUUGGCCCUGGUGAAAAAACGUCAGAACUUGGAUUGGCUAGUGCAGGUGGAAGCUACCUCCGCAUGCCGUGGCUGACCCCCUACCCUGAAGCAAGCAUGUAUCCCUUCAUGGAUACGUCAAAGUAUGCAACUCUAAAUAUGUACAAAGCCUCCUUACUCAGCCAACCUAAUCCCUAUCUUCCCCAGCACAUUCCCUACCCAACUCUGUGUGCAACCCAAGGGGCCAAUGUUACCUCGGCUGCUUCUGCUGCCGAAAGACUUUUCUACAUGCCCCCUUAUCCUCCUGCCCCAAUCUCUUCCCCUCUGGUGGCUACACCCAUGAGGAUCCCUACCGUCACAGUAGCCCCCUCAUCGCUGGUGCACUGCCAAGACAAGACACUAGGUGUUGCACCUCCUUUUGCACAGCAGCUCCAUCAGCCAUCUUCUCAUCCUCAACACCAUCAACCUGCUUUGGACAGAGACCGCUCCCCAAACAGAAGCAGCAGACCAAGCAGACCUCCUUCUAGGAAGGCGUCUAGUAACAACAAUAACACCAGUAGUACCAGCACAAGUGGCACCAGUGUUGGGACUAAUAACAGUCUGCCUGCUGAUUCCUCUCAUUUGUCUUCUCGCCUCCCCCAGCCUCCUCCCACAUCUGCUCUGUUUGACAAAGCACUGGAUUUGCAAAGGCCAGUAGCCAGAAUUGGACAGCCACCCACCUGCUCCACCUCUUCAAUAUCUGCCUCAACCACAUCAGGGCAGUCCAUCCCUCAUCCUUUCUCAGUUACCAGCAUGGCAUCAGAGCAGUCCCCUCCCGCCCGACCCAGCCCCCACAAACCCAGGCAGAGAGACGGGGCCCCUGAGCACAGAAGUGUGGGGGUUGACAAGGGGCGCAGCAGGUCUCCUUCCAAAGUCAAUUUUGAGAGACCAGUUCACCAAACCCCACCAACCAAAGAAUCAGCAGAGAAACCCCUUGACUUGUCUGGAAGAAUGCUGGAGUUUGGACUGUCUGCUAAUGACUUUCCAGUGAAGAUGGACUCUAUACCAUGCAGUGGUCGUUAUGGACUUCAGAAUAACAGAGAGUUGUUGAAGGAAAACAUUUCGGUUUCUUCUGCCUCCCAUCCACACUCUGUGGUCAGCAGCACUUCUUCAAAGGUCUCAGAGAGACCUGAAAUGAUCAGCACUUUACGCUCCUCCUGGGUGGUUCCAAGCCCAACUUCUUCCCACACACAGCACACACCAGGCAUGCCACCCUCUCCUAGGCCAAGCACAGACUUGGGUUCCACAAAAGCCAAAGGCUCCUCACCCUCGGUUGUCAAAAACAAGGGUCUAGAGAGAGUUGUCAAUCAGCAACGAAGCUCGUCUUGUCCUAGGAUAGGAGAGCCUAAUCACAGCGUUCCCUCCUCUCAACACUCUGGAUCCUCAAGAGCUGUUUCCCCCAAAUCUAAUGGUGAGUGGGUCAAACAUAGUCCCAGUCAUGCAGAACAUCACAGAGAAGGAGAAAAGUCCUCCCAGGCAUCAAAUAGAGGUGAAGCUACUCCAGAGGUUUCAUCAUACAAGAGACCAUGCUUAGAGAAUGGUCACCCCACUGGACACCUUUACCUUUCUCAGAAUGAUGCUUAUUUAAACCAUAGCCUGGCUUAUGCCAGCAGAUAUCUGCAUUACCCCAUCCCAGAUGGCAUGGGAUUACAUUCUGUGCCAAUUUCAGGGAAAGGCCCAGUCUACACUCACCCAGCGCUGCUUGGAAACAACAGCCUUUAUCAACCCCACCUGGCAGCAAAGCACCCUUUACCGUACCCUCCCAAUCUCCCGGGUGGUCCAGGCAGUGAAUACCUUGCUUAUAAUUCACAGGAGAUGGCUCAUCCUUUGAUGCAGACUCACUCCGAAAGCAAGCUUCUAGACCGGGCAAACCACAAGCCUCGAGCACAGGAAAAGUCCAGAGUAGCUGUUGAAGAACCUGGAAGUGGGAGAGAUAACGCUGAGAAAGAGACGAGAGACACCAACACAGUGAAGUCUGACAGGGAAGCAGGAGCACAAGGACAGGGCGGCAGUCAAAGCAAAAGCUCUUCCUCUGCUGCAGCAUCCAGAGAAACAAUAGUCUGUAUUGACCUUGUGCACUCAGACACAGACGUUGAAUCUAUCCCUUCAGUUCACAAACAACCCUCCGCUGAGGCUAGCACCAAGGUUAACCAAAAUGAAUGUCACAGUAAUCAAAAUCUGACAAAGACUGAUUAUAAGCCAAAAGAAAACCCCCACCAUUUUUCAGUCCACCCUGGAUCAAACCCCAACCUCAAGCCGAACUUCAACAAUGGACAGCCAGACACUCUUUUUGGAAAAGAAAAGACUCCUCAUGAGAUGCCUUGUCCUGGGGUGACAUCAUCUCCAACCUCUCCUGGGGAUGUCUCUCAAGAAGAGGAGAGCUCAGAGGAGCAAAGCCCAAGUCCUGAUCCUGGAGUAGAAGACCAGAGCACUUUGCGCUGCGCCCGCACCUCAGGGGAGCGCAGUUCUGGCAAGGACAAAGGGGAUCGGACUAACCAAGCUUCUCAUUUUACUCCAAACUGUGCGGCUGUCAUGAAGGACUUGGACCAGGAGAAAGCCUGUAAAGAGACUGUAAAGGAGGACAGUAUUGUUGAUCUAGUGGAAUCUCAAGGAGAGGCUGAUGACGAAGAAGAAGAGGGCUGCCAGACUUCAUCCAAGAACUCUCAUAGGUCCAGUCUGGCCAAAAGAAUUGCAAAUUCCUCUGGCUACGUUGGCGACCGCUUCAAAUGUGUCACCACUGAGCUUUUUGCCGACUCCAGCAAGCUGAGCCGCGAACAAAGAGCUUUGCAACGGGCCAUGAUGCGGUUCUCGGAGCUGGAGCUGAAGGAGAAGGAGAGCGGCGCUGGUGUCUGCGCGUCUGCCUCGGCAGCAGGACGGGAGCUGGCGGACGGCCAGCACAGGGAGCGCGCGCUGGAGUCCUGCCAACACACCACCAGGCCGACAGAGAGGGAGGGUGUCCGGCCGCCCUACACCAACAGAGUUCCCGUUCUCCAGAGGUGUGUCGGCCAACGUGAAGCCCUGCCUCCGAGCCCCAAAGAUGGGGCCCAGAACUGCAGCCUCCACGGAGCGAAGAGGCCGCUGAGGGAAUCCGAGGAGGCCCCCGGCGGGACCCCCACCUCCACCUCGUCGCUCUGCGAUGACGCCGGCUUCGGAGCCACAAGGAAACGCCUACACAUCAAGGCGGAGCCGGAAGAGACGGAGGAGGAGGAGCAGGCGUUCCACCCGGAGAAGAGAGCCAGGCUUUGCAUAGAUGAGCAUGAGGACGCCAGUCCCGACGACGACGAUGACGACGAGGAAGUGAGGAAGCUGAAAGUCUGCAUCGAGCUGAAAGGGCUGCGGCUCAGCAAGCCUGCUGCGGGCGCCGCUUCCCCCGACGGGCCCCAGAUCAAACAGGAGAGAGCGUGGCCCCAGCCCCAGCCCCCGCGGCUCCUGAACCAUGCCCAGAGCCAGCAGCGCAAGAUCAGGCCGGGUCAGGUCGAGGACAGGAGCGCAGCGGCGGCGGCGGCGGCGCACAGAAGUGACAUCAACAGGAAAUGGGGCUGCGAGAAGCUACCUAAUGGAGUGGCCGCCUUGUCUCUUCCCAGCGGCCAGCUGAAGGACAGAGAGCACCCGCUGAACCCCUUCUCAGGUGGCCUCAAGGAGCCCAGGCGGGGGCCCCCCUCCCCGGCCCCUGAGCCCUGCAUCAUGGGAGGCACCCCUCCCCUCAAACUCCGUCGUCAUAGCGAUACGGACAAACCCAAGGGCAAGCGGCCAUGCAAGACCAAACACACCAGCCACAGGGAGAAGAGGAAGGAGGCUGCGGCCCCGGGGCCCGGCCUGCGCGCCGCGGCCGAUCCCGCCGCAGCCGAGGAUGAAAAGCUGACUGAGCAGCGCAGCGCUCCGAGGAAGAGAGCCGCCUCUCCCAAUCAUUAUCCCUGCUCCCCAGUCAAGCCCUGCUCCCCCACCGCGCUCGCGCCGCCCGCCCUUCAGCCACAGGCGAACGGCAGAGCGCCGCCAGAGGUGGCGGAGCUGCACAAGAGCCCCCCCGCCGAGCCCUCCGCCUUUCGUCCGAUCCCACCGGAGGCUCGGCGGCUGAUAGUGAACAAGAACGCUGGGGAGACUCUUCUGCAAAGAGCCGCGCGCCUGGGCUACGAGGAGGUGGUCCUGUACUGCCUGGAGAACAAAAUCUGUGAGGUGAACCACAGAGACUACGCUGGCUACUGCGCUCUCCAUGAGGCCUGCGCCCGAGGCUGGCUAAACAUAGUCCAACACCUGCUGGAUUACGGCGCAGACAUCAACUGCAGCGCGCAGGACGGCACACGACCAAUCCACGAUGCCGUGGAGAACGACCACCUGGACGUGGUGCGCAUCCUGCUGUCUUACGGAGCCGACCCCACACUGGCCACCUACUCCGGGCGCGGCCUCCUGAAAAUGACCCACAGUGACAACAUGGAGAGAUUCCUCACAGAUUAUUUUGCUGACCUUCAGGGCCGCUCAGAUGACGACCCAGGGCUUUAUUGGGAAUUCUAUGGCAGCGCUGUGUGUGAGUCUAGAGAAGAGGGCGGUGUUUAUGACAUCUUGGCGGACCCUCCAGGCCCAGACGACGAAGACGAGGAUGACAAAAGGGAGGUGUUUGAGUUCGAGUUUUCCGACCGACCCCUGCUGCCCUGCUACAACAUCCAGGUGUCCCUCUCCCAGGGACCAAAAAACUGGCUGCUGCUGUCCGAUGUGCUGCAGCGGUUGCGGAUGUCCGCUCGCACUUUCCGACAGGCCUUCCCCCACAUGGAGGUGGUGACCGUGGCCGAGGCGGAGUUCUACCGCCAGGCCUCCCUGUCCCAGCUCUUCUCCUGCCCCGAGGAGCUGGAGGGCUUUCACCCGGACAGCAAGGAGCUGCUGGACCUGGUGGAGGACAGCGCCGAGCUGGCCGCGCUCCUAGGCUCAACACUGGAGUGUCUGGACGACCGCUGGGACCACCCAGGGGACAAACUCAAGGACAGAAUCAAGGCAAUUGGCAAGCUGGGCUCCUCCUGACCCUUUGACCUGCUGACCUCUGACCUUGUCCUCCACCGACUGAAGUUUGCUUUAGAACCACCCGCAGGUUACGACGACAUGCCUUAGCCCGGCCGAUCUUGGACUUCUUCAGGGUCGUGCGGCGGACUGACCUGCCUGCCUGCCUGCUGGCUGAAACAUUUCUCUCCUUUAACCGAGGAACAAUGCGUUUGUGACUCCAGAGACGCAACGAUGGUCUUAUUUUUCUAAAUUAAUAUAUGUAUAAAUAAAUAUUUACGCUAUAUAUAUAUCAAGAUAUUUUUUUCCGCUCCCCUCUGAACAUUUUUGUACGGCAGCAGCCGUGUCGGGUGGAGAAUGUGAGUGCACAGAGCCCAUGUGCAUGCGUGUAUCUGUACAGAAUAGUACUGAGGCUGUGCUGUUGAAUGUGGUAUUUGUGUUUAUAGGAAGCACAUGAUGUCUUCUUUUUUUUUUUUUUCCUUUUCCUCAGACUUCAGUGCUCGCUUGAGCCUCAGGGGCUACUUUGUUGAAAUUUUUUUUUGUUUUUCAGACUAACUUAACACGCAAAACUGCAAAGUUGUUUGUAUAAUAAAGUUUUAAGACAAUGUUGAUAUUCACCCUGCGGCACAGAGCUUGUACAUAACAGGGAAGCUACUGCAGUAAAAGUACUUUUUUGGUGUGUUCAUUUUUGUUUUAACUUUGUAAUUAAAAUAUGUCAUAAUUUGUAUUUAUAUUUUACAAAAGAAGUUGCUUUAAAAUAAAUAUACAAACUGCAA